AUGGUGUUCUCCUUCAUUCUCACGUUCACCAUCAGCGUUGUGGCAGCUUUUGACGACGGUAUGAAACUACAACUCCCCAGAAUUCAGUUAAUUGCCCGCAGGAGCUGGCUAGUCUAAUAAGCAGAAGGUGCCAAAAAGUGGCAACUCUGUUUUCUUUUUUAGUAUUUCCAUUGUAUUCCAACGCAAUUAUGUUGGAAAUUCUUUUGGAAACACAAAUUAUUCGACAAUUACCUUCUUUCAGAAUGUGUCAAAUGUGAUCUCCGCUCAUCAUAUUGCAAGACGUGGGAAGACAUGACACAAAGCUGCGAGUGCCGUGAUGGAUUCGCCAGAAUCUCAAACGGUUCAUGCGCCAGUGAGUUUAUACCUUCAAGAAGAAGUUGAAGGAAUUUUUGAGAAUACACUUCAAAAAAGCGAGGAGAGGGAGAAGUUUAUUACUUUUUGAGGUCCUCUUAUAGCUGCUUCAGAAAACUCGGAAUAGAAAAAUUCAUCAUAUUUCAUUUGACUAGCGAGUAGAAAAUGUUUUCAGUGGUGAGUGAGUUGGCACGAGGGACGCUUAGAAUGAAUAACGAUUCUGAAGAGGAUGAACCAUUUUGUGUUCUCGGACAAGCUGAAAAGGCCGCAACUAGGUGGGUCCGAGAAAAUAUCAGUCAUUCGCGAAAAGAUGGCCUAGAAGGGCACCUCAUUUGUCAUUAUACUGACCAUUAUAAACUCUGCUUUUCUCAUCCUGCGCGAAAAAUUGUUUUUGGCAGGAAAGAGCAUGUUCAGACUAGAAGGAUAUCUGUUUGAAAUUGAAUACUGUUCAUGUCUGACAACUAGUAACCUAAGAUGCUACCUGUCCGGUUAGAGUUUCUCUUGUCAGAAAAAUAAUCCGGAUUUUCCCGUAUCAAAUUACGAAGCAACAUUGCAAAGUUAAGGAUACUGACCGAGCUGCUAAACAAAUAUGAUCGGAAUCUGGUACCGAAAAUGAAAGGAGUCGACGUCGAUGUAGAACUUCUUAUACAAAGAGUAUCUGAAAUUUCCGAAAUUCAAUCGUCUUCAACUAUGCACAUUCUAUUCAGCCAAAUUUGGCAUGACCCUGGAUUAUCAUUUGAAGUUGGUCAUCUGAAAUACGAGAAUUCGUGAACUCUAUCCAAAUUUCUAAUUUAAGCAUGAAGAAGGAGCCCAUUGUCUUACAAAUCUAUCACUUUCCCAUAGGAUGGUGGACAAUAUUUGGCUCCCCAAUGUGUGCAUUGUCAACUCCAAAGGAUCAACCAUUCAUAAGAGUCCCACUCCAAAUAUAUUCUUGGCUAUAUUCCCAAAUGGAACAGUCUGGAUGAACUACAGAGUCGUCGUAGAGUCGCCAUGUGAAAUGGAUUUCAGCUUCUUCCCUAUGGAUCGCGUUAUGUGCACAACAAUUUUUGAAAGUUACGCUUUCAACGUAGGCAAGGUUCGAUUACACUGGAAGAGACAAGGCCAACCUGUGGAGUUUAUUGACGAAGUAAAGCUGCCAGACUUUCAUAUGACAACUUUCAUACACGAAAAAGCCACGUUCAUCUAUCCUGCCGGAGUUUGGGAUCAGGUAGCGUCCUUGUCUAAAACCACGAAAUAAUAGUUGUUGUUACCUCGUUUCGUCAUUUUCGAUCUCUUGUCUUUGCUGCCACUCAAACCUACGCAGAAAAUGUCAUUCAUCAUUCCAAUGUGUGACACACAUUUCGAAAAGAAUCUAGACCAUUUGUUAAAAAAACAAAUGUGCCGAAAUGAUUGAUCACUCAAAUUAUAUAUAGAACACAAGACUUUUGAAACCGGGGCCCAUAGCGCGGUCCGAGCUGACGCUCGGAAGCGGCUUCACCGCUUGUUUGUUUCUCAUAACUGUUUCAAAGUUCAUGUGUUCAUUUCCUAAUUUUUCCGUCACAACUAUUUCGUUUUAGAAAUGAACGUAGGGACGGACAAACGGAGAAAUAAACAAACAGACAAACAGACAUGCUCCCUAAGAGUUAUAUCAAUGAGAAGGCUGAUGAUUCCAGUUAAACAUAAAACUAUUCUUCCGGAGGUCGUACGGAUUCUACAUUUUACAAAUAUACCUGCCAACCUAUUGUAUGGUCCUGAUUUCCUGGAUUUCGUUCUGGUUGGAUCGAAGAAGUCUUCCUGCUCGAGUCACUCUUGGAGUGUCGUCUCUGAUGGCCCUUACUUUACAGUACUCAAAUGUUUCGAGAAGUUUGCCCAAAGUAUGUUAAAGUUUUCAACUGUUACGUAUAUAUGUAUAAUUUAUUGGUGUCUGUAGUCUUUUCACUCAUGCCCCGAUCUUCUAAUGACUUCGGUAAAAUAUUUGCGUGACUAUCACCACACUGCUUAAGCCAAAUUUCACCGAGAACGUGAUUUGCUGGUGUGAUCCACCAUACCUGUGGGAACAUUCACAAUGAAAGAAUUUUCAGGUUUCCUAUGUCAAAGGACUGGAUCUGUUUAUGUUUGGAUGCAUUGUUUACAUUUUCCUGUCAAUUGUUGAACUAGCCGUUGUAGGAUCUUUGGAGCAAAGAAAACAGAGGUAAAUCCGUUUUUAACAGUGAUUUUUCACAAACGAAAUUGUGGCCGGUAAGCUUUAAUUCCAUUACACACUUCAUUCAAAGAUUCAUUUUUUAAACUAGUUCUUAGCGAACAGCGCGCCCUUUCUGUUCGGUGCCCCUAUAAUAUAAUCCGUCAAAUAUGGAUCACAAACUACUUUUUUCAGAAGCGGAGAAGAAUUUAUGUCAGACGAAGACAUCAAAAAGAACAUAUUUCAACGCACAUUUUCCGCCAAAUCCUUUAAGUCAGGCUAUGUGAGUUUUAGUUAGCAGGCCGCUUAGUAGUCAUUUAAUGAAAAGAUGAUUACUCUCUCACGUGUACAUGGUGAUGUGGUGAUGCUAGGUCGACCAGUUCUACACAAAGUGUCUCGUCAAGCGUGCCCUGGGGCACUCAAUUUGACCAAAAAACAAUCUUCUUAAAUCUUUUAAGGGAGCUCGACGUCAUCAAUUCUCUGAAUGUGCAAGUCCGGAAGACGGUGGUGAAUGGCCGAAAACGCGAACCGAAUGGGCCGAAAGGACAUACGUGGAGUGUCCAGAACCAGAACCCCCGCGGAGUGAUCACCAUCCCGAACAAGAGAACGAUAGUAACAAUAAGGUGAUUGAUAGAAAAACUGGAUGUCAACAAGACAAAGAAUACAUGGUAUCACGUCAUAUGUUACGAUUUAAGAUGUUGGUCCUUGUGAGACAACGCCGAGCAUCCAGAAAACGAAGGAAACGACUAAUGAGUGGAAAACUUUUUCAACGCUGGACUGGAGAAGAUAUGGACAGGUGAUUAUUGUUUAUUCAAGAAAUUUUCGCCGAUGAAGCUUGAAUUUUUCAUGUAAUAUAAUAAUUGUUCAUAAUGAGCACGCAGUUCGGGAAUUGUUUACACUCGUCAAUUCCGUGAAUUAUUCAAACUAGUUGUUUUAGUACUAAAGUCUCGAAGAACUUGAAGUAG